CCUAUGCUGAACGCAAAAUGCUCUGCCCACCGGGCGCCGUCGCGUUCUGCUGCCUGCGUUCCUCUCCAAGGAUGAUGAUAAGGCGCAUGGAUGCUCUCGUCCCAGACCUCGCUCCUAAAUGUGAUAAUACUAACAUCAUUUUCUCCAACGACCCCUUAAUCUGAUCCCUGUUUAUUUUUUUUUCGUCCUCCCCCCCUCUUCGUGUGUGUGCCUAUGUGUGUGUGUGGACUGUGUUCAUCUUCAACCUGCCAUAGCUAUAGCCCCCCGUGUUGCGUUGGCGCUGCGGAAUAGCCUACAAGAAAGAGAGGAAGAAGAAGAAGAACAAGAGCCAGCUCACAGCCGUGGAAACAAGCGGAUCAAUGUAAGGGGGGGAAAUGGACGGAGGCUGUGAAAUCUGAAGAUCGAGGAGAAAAGGACGAGCAGAGAAAAGGAGGAAAAACACGUCGACCUCACGCUGCAGCCGCUGAAACAUUAAGUGAGAAGCAACAGCCUCUGCAGAGACAACACUUUCAAGAGCGAAUCCUCCCCCAAAUUUGAUUUUUGCUUUAAUAAUUGUCAUGGGAGCCAAAAAUACAGGUUUCCCCUGAAUGACAUUUUGAAAAGAACAAGGUGUUUGAAAGCAAAGGAAGCAUGAGCAAAGUAAAAUAAGAACCUAUUAAUGAUAAAUUGAGUCUUCAGAAGAAGAUUUUAUUUUUCUCUAAUUUUUUUACAUGACUGAAGGAGAAAAAACACAAUUGGAUCAUACAAUAUGAAGAUCAAGAUAAGCACAUAAAUUCCCUUGUUUGGAGGUGACUUAUCAACAUCAGAGCAAUAGGGGUGGGUCAUGACUCAGUUGCCAUGCGUGUUGUCAUGGUGACCAGCCCCUGUGCCCCUUCCCCCCUCCUCUGGUUGGUCCAACUCUUGUUGUGGCUUCACAACCAUGGACCUCAGCUGACAGAGGCAGCACCCCCCUGCCCCACCCUCUGUACCUGCUCCAAUCAGGCGAGCCGUGUCAUCUGUACAAGGAAGAGCCUAGAUCAAGUCCCGGACAGUAUUUCAGAGAACACAAGAUACCUCAAUCUACAAGAGAACACAAUUCAGGUGAUCAAGUCAGACACUUUUAAACACCUGCGGCAUUUGGAAAUCCUCCAGCUCUCCAAGAACCACAUCCGGCAAAUUGAGGUGGGAGCUUUCAAUGGCCUCCCCAACCUCAACACACUGGAGCUUUUUGACAACCGUCUCACAGUGGUGCCCUCACAAGCCUUCGAGUACCUCAGCAAGCUAAGGGAACUAUGGCUACGGAACAACCCCAUCGAGACACUGCCGGCGUUUGCCUUUCAUCGGGUUCCCUCUUUACGCCGUCUCGAUCUAGGGGAACUCAGGAAGCUGGAUUUCAUCUCAGAGGCCGCCUUCGAAGGCCUGGUCAACUUACGCUUCUUGAAUCUUGGCAUGUGUGGCUUGAAGGACAUCCCUAACCUCACCCCUCUGGUACGACUCGAGGAGUUGGAGCUGUCAGGGAACCAGCUGGGGAUAGUCAGGCCCGGAUCCUUCCAGGGCCUUGUGUCACUUCGCAAGCUGUGGCUAAUGCACUCCAGAGUGUCGGUCAUCGAACGCAAUGCUUUUGAUGACCUCAAAAACUUGGAGGAGCUCAACCUCUCCCACAAUUCCCUGCAUUCCCUGCCCCAUGACCUCUUUACGCCUUUGCACCAGUUGGAGAGGGUACAUCUCAACCACAACCCUUGGGUGUGCAACUGCGAUGUUCUGUGGCUCAGCUGGUGGCUGAAAGAAACGGUUCCCAGCAACACCACAUGUUGUGCUCGCUGCCACGCGCCCCCAGGUCUAAAAGGAAAGUACAUCGGGGAACUAGACCAGAGUCACUUUACCUGCUAUGCCCCAGUGAUUGUUGAGCCACCCACUGACCUGAAUGUCACUGAGGGCAUGGCUGCUGAGCUGAAAUGUCGCACCGGAACCUCGAUGACCUCGGUGAAUUGGUUUACUCCAAAUGGCACUCUGAUGACCCAUGGAUCGUACAGAGUAAGGAUCUCAGUUCUUCAUGACGGCACACUCAACUUCACCAAUGUUACCGUGCAAGACACCGGGCAAUACACUUGCAUGGUUACCAACUCUGCUGGAAACACCACUGCCACCGCUGUGCUCAAUGUGUCUGCCUCAGACCCCAGCAACAGCUACAGCUAUUUCACCACUGUCACUGUGGAAACAGUGGAGACAGUAAGAGGAGACGAAGAGAACUCCGCGAGACAAUAUAUUAACGAGACCUUCAUAGAUUUUCCUAAUCCUACUGUUCACAGAGGGGUGUUAGAUGGCCGACCUGGCAUCACUGUAUCGCCUUCUCUUUCCUCUCUGUCCUCACUGUCCCCGCGAGCCAACAGAGUUACAGAAAAUGCAGUGACUGUGUCCAUAAUGGAGGUAACUAAUAUCCCGGGCUUGGAUGAUGUAAUGAAAACAACCAAGAUUAUCAUUGGCUGCUUCGUGGCGAUUACCUUUAUGGCAGCUGUAAUGUUAGUUGUCUUCUACAAACUUCGGAAGCAGCACCAGCUACACAAGCACCACGGCCCCGCCAGAGCCAUCGAAAUUGUCAAUGUGGAAGACGAGAUCGGAGCUGGAGCUGGGAGUGGCAUCUCAGGUGGCUCAACAAUGAAUUCGGGCGUUGGUGGAGAAGGAACCCUGAGGAUACAUCAUCCAGAAAUUGUCAACCUUCCCAACAUUGGUCGUACGGAUACUCUCAACCAUUACUACAAGACCCAUCAUUUCAACAACAAUGUGAUGGGUCUAAGCAUGGGUCCUGAAGGGAUGGGACCAGGAGGGAUGCUCAAUAGUAAGGGCAUGCAGGAUAUCCCCAUCUCCUGUACGACUCUCCCGAUGUCUUCAUCGGGCAAUGGCACCAACAACAACCCCAAUUCAAUGUCCCCACCGCUGCCGAUGUCUCUGCCCAUGCCUACCAUGGGCUUACAUGGAUCGAUCAAAGGUUUCAUGGGCCAGAGCCAGAACCCCCAAAUGGAGCCUCUUCUCUUCAAGGGGAACUCAAAGGAAAAUGUCCAAGAGACUCAGAUCUAAAAAACAAAAGUGAGAGUAUAGAGAGAGAGAGAGAGAGUGAGCAAGAGUCGGAGACAGAGAGGGGAUUGAUGUUGGGUUUAUGCGCCGAAUGAUUAGACACUAGAGUGCAUUGACAUUACACCAGGAGAGAGGAUAGACUGACACGGCGAUACACAAACACAUAGACUUAUCCGUGACAGUGUACUGAGCCAAGGAUUACCACAAUGGGCCACUUGUGUUUGUAGUAACGAUCAUGGCCAUGGAGAUCAAGGAAUGAACAUUGCUACAAUGUAAAUCUGUGCCAAAGCAAAUGUUUUUUGCAGUUUCUACAAGCUGUGUUCUCAUAGGGAAAACUAGCCUUUCAGAGUAAUCAGUCCCCAAACCGUUGUUGGCGAGCAGAGACGAAAGACAUGCACGGCACUCACCACACUGAUGAUCGGAGAUAUUACAGAACAAAAAUCCAAGAGACAUUUUUCUUCCACACAAAACAAACAAGCCACACUCUCUCUCGAGUGACUCAACAGACUCCCUCAUGGUGACAAUUAUGUAGGCAUAAAUAGAUGGACAAAAAGGUACAGUGCAGUACAAACUACUGUGAAAAAUCCACAAAUUAUAUAAAUAUAUUUUCAUUUAAAUAUGUACCAUUGCAGACUCCGAUGCAGAGAUAUUUUGGGGUGGAUGCAUAAGCUGGUAUAGUUUGUUUCUUUGUGAAUAAUCAGGGGCGGCGUUUGGUGGAGGUUGGUUCCGAUACAUGUUUUAAGUUUGGCUACUUCUCAGAAACAUAAGGGCUCAAUUGCAACACUCAUUGUGAAUCUUUGAAUUGGCUUUGUGACAUAAAGUCCAUUUAGGUUGUAGAACAGUAAAUGCAGAUCUCUGUUUGACAAACUUUUUUCUGUUGCUUCAGUAAUAAUCAUUACAGACUUUUGUGUUCUGAGAGUGUAUUAUGUAUUUUGUAAAAGCCAGCUACUUGGUAUUUGAAUCGACAAUUCUGAUACUUAAAUGCCAGCAUCAAAUAAUGGUAAAACAAUUUUCCACAAACACUGGAAGGGUGAUCCGAUGCAAAGACCUGUAUGGGUAAAAUAAAGUGUUGACAAUGUGUUAUUUGAACCAGAUCAGUAGCCAGAUAUUUGCUUUUAGACAGAUAUUUGAUAUGACCUCCUUGCUCAUGGUUACCAUAAUCAUGCCAUAAAAUGCUGUCAUAAGGAUGAAUAGACAUCUAUCUAUCUGCAGCAGCAUUCAAGAAGGGAUUAAACAUCCGUCUUAGGAUGAUUGGAGUGAAUGAAAAUGUACAGUAUAUUAAUAAUAAUAAUGUCUGGUUGUAUGACAAUUGUAAGAUCCACAUUUUUACAGUGUAACUUUCAUAUGUUAAAUGCCAUUUACGCUUCUUGCGUUUCAACUAUGUAUUUCUUUAUUUUUGUUAGUUUGAUAUAAUGUGUACAGUUGUCUAGCCAUGUAUCAUUACGUGUGAAAUAAAUCAAUCAUAUAUUGGGUUGUGGCUGGUCGAUAUGGACACCACACGUGUGGAGAGUGAGACAUUAUGCAGGCCUCUGUGUUAAACCCGGAUUGAAUGUAUGGUUUGUGGUUAAGCUGUUAGUCAUCUUGGUAAUAAUAGGUUCCAUCUGCGCUAUUAACAUGUUCACACAGGCUUUAGUCACUCUCCUAUAGAUGAUCUACAGAACCUCAUUUGCAAAAUUGAUGUUUUGAACGGUAUUAGGUGAUUUUAUUCUUUACAAAAAGCACCUUUAUUCCCGAAGUUACAUCUCACUGUACUUAAUGGAGAUUUUUUAAUGCUAUUUUAGUAUUAAUUUAAAGAAUAUUGAGGCAAGAAAUACAUUGAAUGAACAGCCUUUUAGAUAAAAGUGUUUAUCUUUCAAGAGGUAAGCUAAAAUGUUUGUUGCAAUUGAGCACAAACUGGCCAUGCAGCCAUUUAGUCCAGAUAUAUGUACCUGGAACAGCAUUAUCAACAAAAGCAUAUCAACAGGGUUUCGGACUGUAAUGCAGCCUUGUAAAUUAUUUUACGAUUGUAUGCUAUCUGUUGUUGCAUAUAUAGAUAUACAGGAGCUGCUUUAUGUGAGUGAUGAUGUUUUUUCUUAUCAGCAACACUCAUUGGAAGAAAAGGCACACAGGGAUAAAAAAUAAUGGUGAUGAUAAUAUGAGUGAUGAUAUCGGACAAAGACCAUCCCAGAUUAUGCUGUCACAGAGGUUAAUCCAUGAAAGGAACAUUUUCUACAUCAAUGCACACCAUGUUCACCCUGUUUCAACCUAUAAAUCUGAUUGUGGCCAC